CGGUCUAAAUAAAGCUGAGAAAGAAAAAAAGCGGUUUGUUUCGGGUGUUUCUGUGACGUCAGCGGCGUCAUACCCGGAAGUAAAUAGAGAGCCGCCGCGGAGCGCUGGAGCACGCGACCCCGUCGAAAAAUCCCGCGAAAAAGGCGCACGUGAGGCUGCCACGACCCGGAUGACCGCGGAUUAAAGGUUCUCGUCUGAUGGAUGUGACCCCCGCUCUGCGACCGGAACCCAGACAGGAAGGCUCGUUCUUCAUGGUGACGGAUUACGUCAUCUUUGGCCUGCUGCUGGCGGCCUCUGCGGGCAUCGGGCUGUACCACGCCGUGUCCGGCGGCCGGCAGAGAACCACGCAGGAGUUCCUGAUGGCGGACCGGAGCAUGCGCUGCCUCCCGGUCUCGCUGUCGCUCAUCGCCUCCUUCCAGUCCGCCGUGGCCAUCAUCGGCGUUCCGGCAGAGGUCUACGCCCACGGCACGCAGUACUGGUUCAUCGGCUGUGCUUACGUCCUCGGGCUGCUCAUCCCGGCGCACGUUUUCAUCCCGCUGCUGUACAGGCUCCGCCUCUCCAGUGCCUACCAGUACCUGGAGCUGCGUUUCAGCAAAGCCGUGCGCGUCUGUGGAACGCUGACCUUCAUCUUCCAAAUGGUGGUCUACAUGGGGGUGUGCGUGUACACGCCGGCCUUCGCGCUGAACGCAGCGACGGGGUUCCAGCUGUGGGGGGCGGUGCUGGCCACCGGGCUGGUCUGCACGCUCUACACCACCAUGGGCGGGCUGAAGGCGGUCAUCUGGACGGACGUCUUCCAGACGGCGGUGAUGUUCGCGGGGCAGCUGGCGGUCAUCGUGGUGGGGGUCCAGAAGACCGGCGGGCCGGCGGAGGUGUGGAGGAAGGUGUGGGAGGGAAACCGCAUCUCCGGUCUGGAUCUGAACCCGGAUCCCACAGAGAGACACACCUUCUGGACCCUCGGGGUGGGGGGCGUCUUCCUGAUGCUGUCGUUGUACGGGGUCAACCAGGCUCAGGUCCAGAGGUACCUGAGCUCCCGGACGGAGAGGGAGGCCGUCAG